AUGAAUAUUAAAUAAUUGUUUGAACUUUAAGAAUAAGAUGCUGACAAAUUGCCAUUGUUAUUACAAACAAUAUCACAUUCCAAGAAUGAGGGAUAUGUCCUUAAAGCAAUAAAUAUAAUUUAAUAAUCCAAUCACACAUUUAAUCCUGUAAUGAAAAAUUAUCUUAAAUUUAAGAAUCAAUAACUGAGUAUUAUUGACUUUAUAAAUGCAAUCAAAAAAGAAUAUGAUAUUGCCAUAGACAUCAAAUUAAUAUCAACAUUGCUUCACAUAAUUGAUAUUAAUUGGAUGUAGAAUUGUACAAAAGUAUUUAUUUUAAAUAUUCUCAAAAAAAAUAGCUAUUCAAUUUAUUUCUAACGUACACAAUCUCAGACAAUUCAAUUAUCUAAUAAUCUGCAAUCUAAGGAAUACUCUUAAUUGUCUCACUUAUAUAAUAAGAUUAAUUAUUAGAGUAUUUGGAAAUCUUUUUUUUAAUCCUCCAAGAUAAAAAUUAAACAAAAAUAAACAGUAGUUUAAACUCUAUUCUUUGUAAUUGAUUUUGUAAUUUAGGCAAGGAUAUCUUCAUUAUUUUACUAAAAAAUGGUAGAACACUCAAAAAUUAGGAUUUCUAUAUUUCUAAGGUUUAUAAUUAUUUAUUAUCCUUAGAUAUAUAGAUGUAAUCAAAUCAAUUAUCAAGUAUUAUAUGUUAAUUAAUUAGAAAUAAAUUCUGUUUUAUUGAUAUCAACAUAUAUCUUAUUGAUGGAAGAUCACAUAUAAUUGUUAGAUUAAAUAAUUAAUUUAUACACAAAAUCAUAAUAAAAAGACAUUUUAAAAAUUGCAAUUCAUGAUGCUUUAUUGUAUUUAUAUCAAAAUGAUAUAAUAAUUACAAAAUUAUUCACUUAGAAAAUACAAAAUACUUAAAUUAGUAAUAAUAUAUAUUUAUUAUAGGUUAUCAUGAAUAAAUAUUUAAAACUAUUUAUAAUAAUACUAUAUUACACAUAUAUGAAUAUGAAUAAAUUUAAUCAUAAAAAUCAAGUAAUUUAAUAGUAAAUUUCAGUGUAAAAUAUUUAGAAUUUGUUAAUACUGUAGUAUUUAAUAAAUAUAUAUAAUAAUUAAGUAAAUAUAAAUUAUUAUUAAUUAGCUAAUUUAAUUAAUAUUAACAUAUAAUUCUUAAUAACUUAAGAUUAUGAUAAAAAUUUAGUUUAAAUAUGUAGACCUAUGUUUAAAUUAUUUAAAUACAUUUUAUAAAUAUCAUCUCAUUAAUAAUGUGUAGAAUUAAAUGAAUAAUUAUAUAAAUGGAUUUAAUAAUCUAAAAAUGGUUAAGAAUUAAUGAUAAAAUUUUUAUCCUAAAUUUCAGUACCUGAUUUAAAUUCUAUUAAUAUAAGAAAAGAAAUUAAUAAUAAUUGGAUAAUAAGUUAUAAUAUAUUAUGUGAAUGUAUUAAACAUUAUAUGAGUUAAUUUUCACCAAAAAUUUGGAAUUAAAUAUUCUAAACUAUGCAAAGAAUUGAAAUGAUAAAUUUUUCAUAAGAUGAAAUAAUGAAAUUCUUUAUUAAUUCUUCUGAUUAUGAUGAUUAAACAUUAAUUAAAAUUAUGGAUGGUUUAAAUUAACUUGCUUUAUAAAUAGUUGAAAAAGUAUAAAUAAAUAGUAAUACAAAUGAUAUAAAUUAAAUAUAUAAAUAAUUUGCUAUUGAUAAAAUUGUACUAAUAGUAUAAGCAAAUGUUUUUAGAUUAGAUAAGAUUUGGUAAACAGUGGAAGCAUUAUUAUUAUGUUUAUGUUAAUCUAAAUCAUAAGAAAUGAGAUUAUACUCUUUAAAUAGUUUGAAGAGUAUUAUUUGUUAAUGUUUUAAUAAUAAAUAUCUAAAAAUUGAUUUAUUCAAUGCUAUGUAUGAAUUAAUAAAUUCAAGAUAUGAUGAUGUUGUUGAAUAUAUUAUGAAUCUUUUAUAUUUCUUAAUAAAAUAAUAGCAAAUAUCUGAUACAUUAUAUAUUGAUUUAAUUAAAGUAUUUGAAACAUUAUUAAAUGAAAAAGAAGAAUUUAUACAUUUAUUAUUAUGUUUAAAUUGUUUAAGUGAAUUAAUCUUUAAUUAAUUAGAUUAAUUAAAUGAUUAAUGUUUGAUGAGAAUGGCAAGUAUUUGUGUUUAUCUUACAAAAUAUUUAUCUAAAUAAUAUUAAAAUGAAAUUAAACAUAAAAUUAUAUGCAUGUUAUGGUAAUUGUAAUUAAAAUCAAUAUAACAUAAAAUAAAUAAUCCUGGUUUAUGGAAUAUGUCUCUAAAAUUAAUUAAAGACACAAUGGAUAAUUAAGAUGAUUUAAAAUUUGCAGCUUUACAUAUAGCUUCAUAAUUAUGUUUGAAUUCAUAAAAUGAAUAAUUUAAUGAAAUCUAUGAAUUGUUUGAAGAAUUAAUGAAUAAUUGUAUAGUUCAAUAUUUAAGAAUAGAAUUUUAAUAAAUAAGUUUAUUUAGUACUACACCUAGAUUUAAUCAUAAUAAUUUAAUUGAGACUCCUAAAUUUUAAAUUUAAUCAAUAAAAUUUGAUAAACAAACAAUAAAUGAAUAAUACAAAUAAUCUUUAGAGAUUUUAAAAUUAUGUAUAUCUCUUUGGGCUGAAAUUGUUAUUUAAAAGGAAAAAUAUGAUAAGUUUUAUUAUCAUAUUUAAUCAUUUAAUUAAGCACAAUUAGUUUACAUAAAACAUGAAAUAAUAUUAGUAUUAUCAAAGAUCUUAACUCAUACAACUUAAUAAAUAGAAAUAUCAUUAGAUAUUUUGAAUUCUUUAUUAGAUAAUGAUUAAAUUGACACUCAAUAUUUUAUUGAUAAUGAUACUUUUCAAUAUAUUUGUUAAAUAUUGAGUUAAGGAUUUAAAAGUCAAUAAUAAAAAUCAUUUAUUAUAAGUUCUAAAUUAAUGGGAUUAGUAUGUAAUGAAAAUUAUCUAUUUGAUAAUUCAAUUUUAAAAUCAUAUGUUUCUCAAUGUUUACCUGGAUAUGAUGUAUCAGAAGAAGAUGCUUUAAAAUGGUUAAAUUUUAUUUCAGAAUAAUUCUCUUCAAUAGGAGUUUAAUUAAGAUUUCAUAAAUUAUUAGAAAUGUUAUGUACAUCCUAUGAUAUUAUUAUUCGAUAAAAAUUGACACCAAGAAUGGUUGAACCAACUGUAAAAUUUAUUAGAUCCUUAAUAAUUUAAUUAAAUGUAAAAAUUAUUUAUAUUAAUAGAAAAGCUAAAGAUUUUUAACUGAUAAUUCUGAAAGACUAUAAAUAACAUUUAUUAAUAAGAUAAAGCAUUUGAUUUCUUAAAUCAUUUAAUUUUUAAACUAAGAAGUAUUAAGAUAAAUAGUAGAACCAAUUUUAAUGUAGAAUAAGAAAAUUUAUGAAUGGGUUUAAUAUUUUCUAUCCCUUUAAUAUAAUAAUGAAUAAGAGAUAAUAAUUAUAGAAUUAAUAACUAUGUUUUAUAUAAAUUAAAUAGUUACAAAGGAAAAUAUAUCAUAAUAAACUACAAUAAUCAACAUAAUAAGUUUAUUUUAAAAUAAUAAUAAUUUGAACAAUAAAAUUUUAGAAACUAUCAAACCUACUUUAUUAUCUUCAAUAUAUUCUAAUUUAGCUUAAUUUAUAGAGGAAACAGAAAGAAAAAACGAAGAAGUUCAUAAUAUGGGUUUAAUGCUUGAUUUUUUAUAUUUCCAAGAAUAGAUAUUACAUCCAGUAAUUUUGUAAUUUAUUAAAUGUGAAUAUUUGGAUUUGAGAUUAAAGAUUGUACAAUUACUUAAGAAAUUUAAGCCUGAGUGA